GGAGAUGCUGAUGUGGAGGACAGCCUCGCUUCUUUUAGCAGCUGGGUCCAGACGACGGCUGAAGUUUCAAAGAAGGAGUUACUCACCCUAUGUAAGCAGAUAUACACCAGCACCAGCCAUCCCAAACAGACCCCAAGGUUAUUGAUCCCAGCUCUUUUCACGGCUGUAUUCCUGAGGUCUUCUCCUGUCACCUCUCUCUGGGUCGCCCUCUCCCCUCCCCUCCCCUCCCCUCCCUUCCCCUGUCUCCAGGCUUCAGCCGCUGCCAGGGCCUGUGGAUGUUCCUGGACCACAGCUGCUUCACCAGGGUGCACCUUCUGCUGCAGCGGCUGAGGAACCUGCUGAUUCUGGCCCAGUGGGGGAGGAGGCAUGGUACAGUACUACUCCAACCAUGACUCUCACAAUGAUCAGAUUGUUGUAUAAAUGAUAUCAACUUGCUAGUUUGUUUAGUACAAUGAGCUUACCUAGACACCUAGUUCUAACAUAUGGGACGGGUGUAACAAUAUGGGGACAUAUGGUGAAAAGAGGAUUGGAAUUGUCGUUUCUACAAAGAGAGCUGUUUUCUGAUUGAAUGGUGGCUGUCUCUCCUUUGUGUGUGUGUAUGUAGGUUUGGGGAUCCCAUGUGUGGUCUGCAGGGUUGACUGUGGCUCCUCAGCAGUGAGGCAGGACUGCUGGAAUCGGGAAUGCAGAGCUCUGAAGCAGCACAUCUGGCUGGGUCGGCUGGUACAAUGGUGGGGCAUCACCGGACUCCUGCCCAAGUACCCUCGUAAGGAUGCAUACGUUAAUAUUACACACACAGUCAAACUUUACAAACCGGUCACACUUUACAUCACAGAGUUGUUAUUACUGUGUAACUAUUCUUAUAAGUACAGUGUAACAAGUGUUGUAUGUUGUAGUAUUGUAGUGUUACGGUUAGGGUUAUAGCUAGGGUUAGGGUUAUUGAUACGGUUAGGGUUGGCGCUUUAGCUGUAAGUACAAUGUAUUACCAGUCUAGGAUUAGGGUUAGUCUAUAGUAUUUACAUAUACACUGACUCUUCCUCUCCUCCUCUCAGAUGCUCAAGAAAUAAAGUGGAUCUCUCAGAUGUGGAGAGAGAUAGACCAGAACCACCGCAGGGCUUGCCUCCACACUCCUGGGUAACUCUUAAAUCACUGAUAGGCAGUCUGUCUCUCACUCUCUUUCUGUCUUCCUCCUUUACUGCCUAAUCUUUCUUUCUUGAUCGAUUCUCCACAUCUCCCUUUUCCUCUCCCUCUAUUUGAUUAGUCUGGAGGAGGAGGGAAGGGAAAGGUGGAAUUCAUUGAUCCAGGGUAUGGUGGCUCAGAUGGACAAACAACACAGGCCCAUAUGGACUUCUGAGGACUGCACCGACCAGGGGUACCCGCCCCUUAACCUGCAGGCUUUGCUGAAACUGGUUGCUGGUGCCUUGCAUUGACAACAUGUCUGUUCAGGCUAUUGUAUCCAACCAUGGAGAAUCCAUAAAGUGUCCUCAAAGGUAUGACUGUGUUAAUAUGACUGUCAUGUGAACUGAAAUUAAUAUACAGUAUUCUUGAUCAUGUAAACUACACUUAACACAGUCUGUGCACAGCUCAUGUACUUCAUCCUGGACAUGGCCAAUUUUCUACAGUGCAAAAAUGACCUCCUGCAGUCCUUUUGCCAUGCCUUCACCAUCCCACCCAGCUUCUCACAGCAGAUCCGGGCCUUCUGGUUGUUCGACCAUGGACAGUUAUCAGUAUGUUACUCUGACCUCUGUGACCAGUGUCACAGUACCAUUUAGUCCAUUGGUGUACAUUGAGUGUACAAAACAUCCCUAUGACAGUGAAAGAGCCACUUCCUAAUAUUGAGUUGAACCCCCCCUUUUGGCCUCAGAACAGACUCAAUUCGUCAGGGCACGGACUUUACAAGGUGUCGAAAGUAUUCCACAGGGAUGCUGGCCCCUGUUGACUCCAAUGCUUCCCACAGUUGUGUCAAGUUGACUGGAUGUCCUUUGGGUGGUGGACCAUUCUUGAUACACACGAGAAACUGAUGAGCGUGAAAAAUCUAGCAGCGUUGCAGUUCUUGACACAAACCGGUGCGCCUCUGAAUGGCACACAUACACAAUCCAUGUCUCAAAGCUUAAAAAUCCUUCUUUAACCUGUCUCCUCCCCUUCAUCUACGCUGAUUGAAGUGGAGUUAACAGGUGACAUCAAUAAGGGAUCAUAGCUUUCACCUGGAUUCACCUGGUCAGUCUGUCAUGGAAAGAGCAUGUGUUCUUAAUGUUUUGUACACUCAGUAUACAUGCCUUCUAGCAUGGUUCAACAGAGCCAAAAUGGGGGUUAGAGUGUCCUAUGGCUACACACAAAGGGUUCUCCGGCUGUCCCCAUAGAAUAAACCCUUUUGGUUCGAAGUAGAACCCUUUUUGGUUCCAGGUUCCAUGUAGAAGGGGUUCUACACGGAACCCAAAAGGGUUCUACCUGGAACCAAAAAGGGUUCUUCAAAGGGUUCUCCUAUGGGGACAGCCGAAGAACCCUUUAAGGUUCUAGAUAGCACCUUCUUUUUCUAAGAGUGUAUGUCAUUACAUCUGUGUAGGGCUCAAUGGAGCUGCUGCUGAGCCCCAGGUCUGAACCACCCUGGUUCUCCUGGCAGCACCGCUGCAUCAUCCACAGCCUGCUGAGGAGAAAGCAGCUCCACUUGGCGCUGAAGUAUCUAUAGUGGACCAGACCAGCCACAGAGAGCCCCCACGACCUUAAGCUCUCUGUGGAUGUACUCCUACAGAACAGGUAUAGAUACACAAGGAUAUACUAUACUGCAUAGACUACUGUACCAUAUACAGUUUCUCUAUAUGGCGUUACGGUUUUCAUAUUCAAUCUAGUUUUCUCUGCCCCUCAGCCAUGUCUCAGAUGCCUGGGCCCUCCUAAAGAAAGGUCACACAGGAAGUGAUGACAUGGUCAGGUACUUCCUCAAUGGAUGUGAGGCUUGGCCUAUGUGUGGAGGCUUCAGACUGCAUGGAAGCAGUAUGGAAGGUGACCCCUUUUGUAACACAUAUCAUAAUAGACAUGUAAAUACAUAUAGGCAUAUACAGUACAUGCAGUGUGUUUAUGUCAGUAAUUUUCUAUUGAAAAACUGUACCUUUAUUAGGAUGUAGGCCAUUGUACUAAUCAGUCGGAGGAGACUGAGAGUCAGUGUGGAGUAGAUGGCCUUCCUCAGCGUAAGAGGACCACAGGGAUCCCUAUGACAGUGAAAGAGCCAGGUACAGAUUGUGACUGAUACUGAUCAUCAUCACUAUCAAGUAUUCUGAAAGUCAUUGAAAUGUUGUGAAUUGCAGGGGUUCCAAUUCGUCCGUUCUCUGCCCUGCAGAAUCAGUCUCAGAACAGCAACACUCUCUCUCCAGAGGAUUGGAUCAGACUCCUCAGGGAAUCUAUGAUUGAACUUAGACAACCCCAGCCAACUGUGAGGUACAGUCAAUAAAAUAUGACCCCACAAAUGUUGUUCCCAAUGCUGUCGGAAGCUGAGUCUGACCACCCAGGCCCUGAGGCACCUCCUCCCUGGCACCUCCCCAGUGGAUAUGAUGACUGACAGGCUGGUAGAGCAGGGAGACACAGAGCCACCUAAUGAUGACCUGCCUCUUAUUGCUGAGGUACUUUAUUACUGUGGUUCUGUCUGAGAGUGAGUGUGCUGAGGAAUAAUACUUGGGAAAUGAUGAUUAUUAAAAUAUGCAUUUCUUUGUCUCAAUGCAGGAGAAACACCGGACCCCGGCACACCUCUCCUCUCAAUCCCAGUCCAAGGAGAGCUCUGAAUCGAUGUUCUCUUUCACCUCUGCCUCCUCUCUGCCCCCUCUGAGAUGGGGCGUCCCAUAUGUGUAUGGAAGCACAGCGAUGCUGCAGCAGAUCUCCUCCCUCCUUAGUGAUGGAGGAGGGUAUGACAGCCCAUCCCCCCAGCAGACAUACUCCACCCAGGCUGCCCUGACCUGUCUUGGACACUAGAGGGCGCCACAGACCCUGUCUCCUUACAUUUACAUGUACAUUUACAUUGUAGUCAUUUAGCAGAUGCUCUUAUCCAGAGCGACUUACAGUUAGUGAGUGCAUACAUUUUUCAUACUAGCCCCCCGUGGGAAUCGAACUCACAACCCUGGCGUUGCAAGCGCCAUGCUCUACCAACUGAGCAACAGCCUCAGUAAAGACAGCAUGAAUGUGGACGAGCUGGUGUUCUCCACUGAGUGUGAGUUCAGAUGCACCAACUGGAGCUGUUUGAUACUCAAGAUUUAAGUUGUCGGCUCUUUUUGAAAGAAAGUUAUUUGAGUAUUACCCCAACAGAACAUUUUCUGGUCAUCUGAGUUCUUGAAAGUGUGUGUUUUUUUGUUUCUUUUGUAAUGUUUCCAUUAGAGGGAGUGGAGGAGAUCAUGACCUGUGAUAUACCAGGAGACUACGUCUUCAUUGUGGAAGAGGAGGCCGUUCCCCCUGUAGAUGUAACAUUAGACAGAAGGUGACCCCUCUCAAGCCUUACAUUUACACAAUGGCUAUGUUUACUUUAUCAUUUCAACAGACUGAUUAGUCCAUUAUUCCACUAUUUUUUGUGGCCAGCAUUGUGUUAUAAAGUACAGUAAGAUCAGAACAUGUUCUUUAUGUGAUCAUUUGUUUGUCAGGCAUAGUCUGAGCAGACUAAACCUCCAUCCUCAGUUCUAUAGUAAUGAGGACAACCAAUCAGUGCCCUCUGUUUCUGAGAUCCAAGUGGAGAGUCACAACUUCCUGACACCUGACUAUGGUGUGUUUCAAAUGUUACUACACUCUCAGUGUUGUGGCUGUGUUUUCACAAUAUCUGCUGUAUAUACUGUAUGACUUGACUGAGAGAUAAUUAAAUAAUUAGCCCUUCAACUAAAUUACCUUUGUUCAUGAUAAUCCAGAUAAAAUGGACUACUUCAAAGAAGUGACUGAGGAAAUCAUUCAUUCACCAAAUGUGACUGACGUGUGGUGCGUCAUACCUGGAGGGGACAAAUCAGAGAACCUCCUCCCCCAGAGCUCCCCCUUCUCUGGGGCUGCUGCUGCCUCAUCUCGCUGCUUCCUGGAGCUGGAGCCCUUACAGGUGACAGACCUCUCUACUGUCCAAUUACAUACUGUACAUACUAUGCAGACCACCCACAGUAUGGCCAUCUGGGUUUCUCCAGGACUCCCAGGAUGCAGUUGACCAACCAGAGAUCCUGACAUCCUGUGCCCUCACGGAGACCACCCAGGACCUGCUCUCU